UAUCUUUGCUAAAGCCUACAGCGAGUGACAACGCUGGCUCUGGCUCCAUUAUAUAGCUGUGCUGCUGUUUGCUGCCUGAGCAAGUCAGCCCUGACCAUGACAGUUACUUAACUGAUCUGCAUCUCCAUGCGUACAUGCUCGAUCGAUCGCUAGCUGCUUGCCAAUUCGUCUACUAGCUUCUUGUUCUGGCAAUCUCUCUUUUGCCUUGAAUCUGUAACCCAGCUAGUGACAAAUUGUUCAUCUGAAUCUUUGUAGCAGUACUAGCUAGAUAGAUAUCAUGUGUGACUUCUUCUGGCUGUCGCCUGCCGAUCAAGGCGACCUCUCCGACGUCGUCCGGGCAAGCCUGCAGCAGCAGCAGCCGCCGCCUCACCUUCGGCUGCCGGCCACUCCAGCCGCAGUGUGCAGCCAUGGCUCCCGUCAUCUGCUGGAGGAAGAGGAGGCGCAGCUGCUGCUGCAAGGCCGAGUGAACCUCCGCGACGACGAUCAUGAAGCGCACUUGCCGCUGCUACACGGCAAUGGCGGGAUGGGGCUCGUGGUUGGCAGCAACGCCGCCGUGUAUCCACAGCACCAUCCAGAGGCAGAGGGGCUAGCGAUUCCCCAGCUCAUCAUGUCCGGGCCGCCGCCGCAGCCACAGCUGUGCGCUUCCAGUUCCAGCUUCGCCGAGAGGGGAGACGACGCGGCCGCCAACGCUCCAGCAGCGCCGGAAGAGCUCGCCGGCCUGGACACGGCGAUGGCCGCCGCUCACCCCCAUGCCGGCCCGUCCAUCAAGCGAAGGAAGAGCCAGACGAAGAAGGUGGUGUGCAUCCCGGCGCCGGUGGCGGCGCCACCGGGGGUGGGCGGGCGGGCGAGCACGAGCGGCGAGGUGGUGCCGUCGGACCUGUGGGCGUGGAGGAAGUACGGGCAGAAGCCCAUCAAGGGGUCGCCGUACCCGAGGGGCUACUACCGGUGCAGCAGCUCCAAGGGCUGCUCCGCCCGGAAGCAGGUGGAGCGCAGCCGCACCGACCCCUCCAUGCUCGUCAUCACCUACACCUCCGACCACAACCACCCAUGGCCCACGCAGCGCAACGCGCUCGCCGGCUCCAUCAGGCCGCCCGCCUCCUCGGCCAAGAGCCACCACCACCACCAUCGCUCAUCAGCGGCUGCUGAUGCCGUUCCUGAUCCGACACCACCGCCCCACCGUCACGCCGGCAACGUCGCCGUCGCCGACAAUUGCAAUGCUACUCCGCCGGUAGCAGGCUCCAUCACCGCUAGUGUCCGUCAUCACCUGCUGCUCAAGCAGGAGGUGCUCGACACGGAUAACCUCGAGCCAUCCCUGCUGGACGCUGCUGCUGAUCAUGACCUGGGCGGCAUGAUUGCGGAUGUGGACGGCGCCCUCAAUGCCCUGUGCGCCUCCAGCUUCGUCCACUACUCCGAAAAGCAGCAACAGUAUGGCACUGCUGGUCACCCGGAGGAGCUGCCGGAGGAAGAAGAUAAGCAGCUGCUGCUGGAUCGGGAUCCUUUCAGCUUCAGCUUCUUCGACUGGGUGGGCGCUUCAUUUGGAGUUGGAGAGGCUGCAGCAGCAAAUAAAGGCGGUUACAGUUAGAUGGCUUAAUUGCUGCCAAACCCAGCAUGAGUCAAUACUCACCUUACUAUAGAAAACUGAUCAAGCAAAUUCCUAGUAAUUUGCAUAAAUACAGCUAGCCAGGCCGCCCAAUUUCAAAUGCAAGUUAAGCGCGCCAACAGAUCUUAGUGAUAUUUAUUUUGCAGUUUUACUACUCAUUCCGUUCCAAAUUGUAUGUCGUUUUGGCAAAUUAAAUAUACAAAUUUUUCUAUGCACC